AGUUUAAUUUCUUCAUCCAUCUUCAUAAAUUCACCCUACCCUAUAUAUACAACUCUCUUUCAUGUCUUCUAUCUUCAACUUAAUUCACAUCAUCAACAUUUACUAGAAAUGGCUUCUUCUUCUUCUUCUACCGUUGCACUUUCAGUUUUCCUCCUCCACCUGAUUAUAUUUCUUGGGAGCACUUCUAUUGUAGUCUUUGCAGAUUUCUACAAUGAGUUUGAUAUUACUUGGGGCGAUGGUCGCGGUAAGAUACUGAGCGGCGAUCAGUUAACUCUCUCCCUYGAUAAAUCAUCUGGCUCUGGCUUUGAAUCAAGAAACGAAUACCUGUUUGGCAAGAUCGAUAUGCAGCUGAAGCUUGUACCUGGCAACUCUGCUGGCACAGUCACUGCUUACUAUUUGUCUUCCAAGGGCUCCAACUGGGAUGAGAUCGACUUCGAGUUCUUGGGUAACUUGAGUGGCGAUCCUUAUAUUCUACAUACAAAUGUGUUUAGCCAAGGCAAAGGCAACAGAGAGCAACAGUUCUACCUGUGGUUCGACCCAACUUCUGAUUUCCACACAUAUUCCAUCCUCUGGAACCCUCAACGCAUCAUAUUUUCUGUGGAUGGAACGCCCAUUAGAGAGUUCAAGAAUGCGGAAUCGAUAGGGGUGCCGUUUCCAAAAGCUCAGCCGAUGAGGAUACACUCUAGCUUAUGGAACGCUGAUGAUUGGGCAACCAGAGGUGGAUUGGUGAAGACCGAUUGGAGUCAAGCUCCUUUCACUGCUUCCUACAGAAACUUUAAGGCUGAUGCUUGUGUUGUUUCUUCUGGGAAAUCGUCUUGUAAUAAUGGGUCAACAACAUCAUUAUCAUCUUCUGGUAAUUGGUUAUCGGAGGAGUUGGAUAACACAAAGCAGGAAAGGCUGAGAUGGGUUCAAAAGAACUACAUGAUCUACAACUACUGCUCAGAUUCCAAGCGUUUUCCWCAAGGAUUUCCUCCGGAGUGCAAGACCCCAUAAGAUAUUCUUUCAUGUAUUUAGUUUUAAUUAAGAUUGAAAAUAGAAUUACUUAUUCAUAUUCUUUGUAGCUGUUACUCGAUUUAAUAAUAAAUUAAAGAUGAGAAUAUUGGC